CAAACACACCACCGAGGAAGAGCAGAAAACAGGAAGCAAAGAAGGAGGCUGUUGAUGGUGACAUAUCUUAGCAGGUUCUAUGCUCAAGCUAAGGACCGCUGAAGAAGAGAAAAGGAGUUGUGAAAUUUCCCAGCUGAGGCAGGCUGUGUUACAAAACAAUGACAGACUCCUUGAUGAGAUGCUCUGCCAAGAAAUCUACAAGAAAGUCAUCAACUGCAGAGGUGGCUGGGGCAUUGCAGGCACACCCCUGCAUGCUGCAGUGUCUAAAGGCCACCUCAGCUGUCUGCAGGUCCUUCUAGCUCACGGUGCCAUCAUAGACUGCGUGGACGUCAAGGCCCAGACGCCUCUGUUCGCAGCCGUUCGAGGGAAAUACCUUGACUGUGUCUUAACUCUCCUCAAAGCUGGCGCCAACCCCAACGGAAGCUCGUCCAACAACUGCUCGCCGGUCCUCACUGCUGCAAGGGAAGGCGACGCAGAGAUUCUAAAGCAGCUACUAAAACACGGCGCUGAGGUGAACUCCCGCGCCAAAGUCUUAUUGUGGACCUCGAGUGCCAGAGUCUCCAGUGGGCCGCUUUAUUUGGCUGCUGUUUAUGGACACAUGGAGUGCUUCAAACUGCUGCUCCUCUACGGGGCAGACCCAGACUACAACUGCACUGAUGCCAAGCUGCUGAGCUCUGACAAGCAGCCCAAAACUGUGCUGGAGAUGUGCCUUAGGCACGGCUGUGGCGUGGAGUACAUCCAGCUUCUGAUCGACUUCGGUGCAAACGUCUACCUCCCCACGCUGAUCAUCGAGAAGUCGACGAAGCAGAACGAGGCUGUGGAGCUGCUGCUGCGAGAAAGAGGAAAUCCAAAAGCUUUGACCUCACAGUGCCGACUUGCUGUGCGGAGACACCUCAGAAAGAUCAACAAGAUCAACUGCAUCGACCAGCUGGAAAUGCCCACAAGUCUCAUCAACUUCUUGCAACACAAAGCAGCACCAGUCACUGUUCUGUAGAUAGUGAAGGUUAAGUUAUUUUAUGACCCGUGUUUUGUUUUGUUUUUUAUUUUAGCUUAAGCUUUUAUUUGCAGGAUUUGAGCCCCUUUGUCCUCUUUUUAAAAUGGCUUCUGUGUGAGUAUGCAUUGUUCUUGCUCUUAAGACUGAUUCUUCAGCUAAAAGAAUAAAGGUGGAUUAUUGUUGUGGAAUUGUAGUUCUUACACUUUACCUGUCCAAGGUGUGCCCAAUCUCAAAUGAACUGUUACGAAGGCUGUUUGCACUGGAGUUCCCAGUGCAGUCAUGUUCUUCUCCUUAAUGAUUAUAGUCAGAACAAUAUUUUCUAAUUCACACGCAAAUUUUACUUUACACUCGAUUCGUCAGUUAUGGAGUGUCGAGACCUGAUGGAGGAUCUGGUAUCUACCUCAGGAUCGUGCAGUCUCACCUCUGAGAUCCAUCACACAGAGGCUGAUGUUGGUAAAUGUGUACAAGCCCAGUUCCAAAGACAAAGUUGUUAUGCUUCGUGACACUCAAAGUUGGGAUUAGGCUGUAAAAGUAAGUGGUACUAAAUAGAAACGCCUCGUGUGUGCCUCUGUCCCACUGAGCUGUCAACAAAGACUUUGAUCCUCAAAUAUUUCCAAAAGAACAGUGACCUUAGACAGGCAAAGUCCUGUUGCUUUGCACAUUAUCACAAUUCUUUGUGAUGAUAUUAUAUAAAUAACUGCCAAAAACCAGGACAAAAAAAAUUUAAGGGAGUCAGACUACUCCAUUCAUCUGGUCUGAAAACAAAUACUACAUGAGGGGAGGAACUGACAUAUGAAUAAAAAUGGACACAAGAAGAAAAAUUAUAUGAAGUUUGCUAAAAUGAGAGACAUUAGUCUCCAAAAUUAAACAAACUAAUUAUUAUCUUACAAAUAUAUAUCAAAGGAAAGGCAAGAAAGUUGGAUUUCUAACAUUUUCUUGUGACAACACCAUGUAAGAAUAUUAUUUUGUCAGUGGUUAUUUCGUCUUGUCUCUCAUCUAUUCAGUAUGUUGACAUGGGUCUUCAUUGGUGCUUUGUGACCUUUUACCUUUUCCGUUCAACCAUUUAAAGCUGAACCUCAAAAAUUGAAGGAAAUAACCUCCAACACUGCUGCUGCUGCUAACUUCUAAUCUUUAGCAACUAAACAGGAAAUGGGUCAAACACUAUCCCCAGAGCAGGAGGAGAUGGCCUUUGAAGGUAUUGCUGAUAUGCUUAGCAAUGUUUUACAGCUGGAUGAACUUAAAAUUGACAGUUCCCUGCAGAGAUUCUCUGGGCUCAACUCAGCUGAAGAGCUGAACAAUUACAGAGACCACGUCUUGUACAGUGGAGAACUCAAUCAGGUCGCAUCUAUUGUAAGCGAGGUGGGGAAUGUUCUAGGUGGGCUCAGCGUGGUGCCUCAUGCUGUCGGACUGGGAGCUCUCAUCAUUUCCUUGGCCUUAGACGUGGUCGCCAAAAGCCUAAAUAAAGAAACCAUGGGCACAGCUGAAAUGUUAGAGAGGGUGUUCGCACAGGAGAAGGCCAAGGAGGUGCGAGAUCUGAUGCACGAGUAUUUGAAGCGUAUGCAGAUCAACCUGAGAGACCCACAACUUCAACUCUCUGACACCCGUCAAAUUGAGAUUGCUCUUAGUGCCCAGCUCACGCGGCUAAAGAACUCCAUGCUGAUAGAUGAACAUAUGGACACUCAGUUUCUGAAGCAGUGGGUGAAUGGAGCUGCCUUCCACACACAGAUGCUGAUCCAUCAGGCUCGUCUAGAAAGUGCAGGAGAACCUGAUGGAUCCAGAGCCGUGCGUGCGGCAGGGAUUUAUCAGCAGGACAUGAACCGUCUGAUGGAGAAAUUCAAGACCUUGAUGAGAAAUCGUGAUGAUUCUCAAAAUGCCAAUAAGAUAAUAGAGAUUCUGUUUUCUAAACCUCAGAUUACCUGGACGAGGGAUUAUUUUUCAAAACUGCAAGCAAAUAUUCCAGCUCUUGUGAGGCAAAAUGCUGACUUUGUUAUCAAAACCGGAUUUUGAUCGUCAAGCAUCGAUCCACAAGUAAUAAACUAAAAUAUUUGAAACAAGUAAUUUUUUUGUGGCCAGUACAGUUAUGUAAGGGUCCAGUCUGAUCUACUGGCCUGGGAAUCCAGUGGAGGAAAAUAUAUUUUUAUCUUGGCCAGUGAAACCAAUCCGACCAAGAAAAUCAGUCGCCAGUCAGUUGGUCUUCCCAAUUCUUAUGUCCUAAAUCUCUUUCAUUUUUACUGCAAUAUACUGCUCUCUGAUGGCUUUGUGUUUGUGUGUUUGGUUUAGUGUUUGUUUGUUUUUUUUUAGUUGCUCAUGUGAAGCACUUUGUAAUUUGGAUUUUGUUUAAAGUAAAUGGAUAAGCCAUAUACAUUUGGAAGGAAUAUGGGUAGAGUUUGGUUUUAAACCUUUGUGCCAUCGCACCUAUAUUUGUUACUUUCUCAGGACUUGAAUAACAUGUUUACUAUCUUGUAAAUUGGUUUUAUUCAAAAGCCCAUCUAUAUUUGUAAAAAUCAUGAUUUAAGCUCUGCAUGGAAGGGAAACGUGUCUAUAAUUACAUUCCUAAGCUUUCCUUAAAUGAAUUCCUGAAAUUAAAAAGUGACCCACAGACCUAUUCCAGAAAGUAUAACAACCCCGUUUAUGAUCUACAUUUUUUACCCUUGCAUUGAUGCUACAUUAGAGUCAUAAAACAGAAUUAAUGCCCAUAAUUAUUAGAGAGUGGAUACUAAAUUUGAUGCUUUUAGAAUCACCAAAAUGUAAACUUGAAAGAUAGAUUUUACAAGUACUGUAGUUUAUGUGUGGUUUAUGUCUGCUUUUCCUAGUGUGUGAAUGACUCUGCAACAACAAAAUCAUACAUUGUUUCUCUUCAUCAUCAUGUUACUUCCUUUAAUGGGUCCGCAGAAGGAGCAUGCUGCCGGCUAAAUAAGCUAGACUGAGUUACAGCACAAUGGUGGUUCCUCAUCAGUGUUAAUAUCAUUCACUAAAAAAUUUAUUCAUGAUUUUGCUGAUGAAAACACAACAAUAAAUUAAAAAAAAACUAUAAUGAAA